UCUGGUUGAAUGAAUGUCUGCGAAUGAUAUUGACAAAGAAAACUCUACCUUAAUUCCGCGUUUAAAUUACGUGCACCUGCUGCUAACUCUUAUCAACGGUACUUCAGUUUUGCUUCAUUUAGCUAAUCUUAAACAACCUCUCAAGGCUACUCUUGACAUUUGGUGUCCUUCAGAUCUAACUAUCAACUUCGAUCCCGAUCGACAAUCAAACUUUGUUUACGUGAGAAACCUACAUACACCAACCGGUGUUCUUCGCAGAGCUCGGAUUCGUGAGUCUGACAUAAUAGCUAUUGAAGUCGUCAGUACAGAUGGAAAUGUCAGAUAAUUCGUUUCGACUAAUAGGUGAUACUCCACCCGUGCCUCCAAAAAAGCGUGCUCGGCUUGAUGUGUCCUCUGUCUGCUCUACUAAUAAUGCCUCAACAGACUCUAUGUCUUUCUGCCCCGAAAAUAUGCAUUUAGUUUCUGUGCUUCGAAAUGAUCCUCGCAGCAAGUGUUUGGUGCUUCACACGCGUUUUGGCGAUGACUUAAAGGAAGCCAUUGUAACCCUGCAAAAGUCAUCAUUUCCAAACGAUGCUGACACUUUACAACGUUGCAAAGUAGUUAACAAACUGAUCGUCCAUAAGGAAGAUAACAAUGAAGAAGACAGCUGUCUUAAACAAGAUGAAUCAGUGAAUAUUGAAGAAAAUAACUCCUCUUUUCCUGAAUGGCAAGCCAAAUCAAUUAUGAGUAAUGAUGUGUACCAUCGCUUCCUUGUAACAAAUGGUUUGGAGUCAGUUAACAGUGUUGAUAUGACUGUAAUUUAUCCUGCUGAGUCACAUCACUUUGCGAAAUUUACCGGUUCUGGUCGUCAUAUUAUUCAGGAAACUCCAGAAAUGUAUAAAGACGUUAUUCUUCCUUUCUUGUCUGAAAAGCCGAAAGACCUCACUUGGAUUGAUAAUAUAAUAGCAGGAACCGCUGAACAAGACCGUGUUCUUUACACUGAUGUCAAUGAAGAGUAUGGUUUCACACUGGUACUGGACUAUCAGUGGGAUGGAACACGCUUGCAAGAACUCCAUUGCCUCGGUAUUGCUCAUAAUGCAAAGCUAACUUGCCUACGUGAUCUGCGUCGUUGUCAUGUUCCAAUGUUGAGAAAGAUGCUGCAGCAGGGACGCAAUCUACUUUCUGAUAAAUACAGCAAGCCGGCGGAUAUUUCUGAUAAUAAGACGUGUCAUAAUGGUCACAAAGUUGGUCUAUCAAAGGAUCAAAUUCUUGCCUAUUUACAUUAUCCACCAACUUUUUACAGGCUUCAUGUUCACUUCAUGCAUGUAGAUUCAGGCGAUAGUGGCACUAUCGCAGGCAGAGCUCAUAUACUAGAAGAAAUUAUCCGUAAUCUUGAACAAGAUGAUUUUUAUUAUGCUAACCGUACAAUCACUAUUUUUUCACAUGAUCAAAGUCCUAUGUACAAGGCUAUUUGUGCAGGUUGUCCCCUAGAAUCUACUGAAGAUUCAGUAACUGAGUAA